UUCUGAUCCAAAGUCUCUAAUCAUACGUGAGGGAGAAUCCGUUUGACCCACCAGACAGAAUUAUUCAGACGGGAAUAAUCACACAAGCUUUAUAUUAUAUUAUACCCAAAAAGCAUAUUCAGCCAGAACAUGGAGAUCUUGCAAUGGCUCUUCAAGUUAGGAAAGGCACCAGAGAGAUCAGAGUCCAGUUCAAUCAAUAGUAAUGAUCAUGAACCCACCACAACUGUAACAAAUAACAAAACAAGAAGAUCAUCAACAAGAGAGUCUAAACAUAGAGAACAGAGGAAAUACAGAGGAAUCUGGUUAUGGUGUAGAAAAGAUGUAGCCGAAGCUUGUUUCUAUAGCACAUUGACUCUAAAAAGACUUAGAAGCUGUAGGAAAGAACAUUUUCUUCGCUCCAUGGCAAAGGUGAAAGCGCAUGGAGGAGAAGAAGAAGUGAAAUCAACAAGAUUUGAUCCGAAAAAGACUAUCGAAGUCGUUGUACCAGAGAAACAUGACGAAAUCAGUAAGGAGAAGGCUAAAAGCGAGGGAAAAGCUAAGGCCACGCUUUCAAGGAUGAAGGAGCUUAUUAGAUGGGCUGCAGCAGCAAAAUCUGACAAAGCUGCCAAGUUCUUUACCCCUAAGAUAGUGGAGUUAAGAAACCGAAGAAAGUUGAAGAUGACGAGAGAUGCGAAUGAAGAAUCAAAAAUGAUGAGUAGUGAAUCUGCAAACAUAAGUGUGAGAUGGGAGAGUUGUGAGAGUUGCACAACACUCUCUUCCUCUGAUCAAAUUUCUAUAGUUUCCUCACCAGCAAUCUUUGUUUCCUUGGGUCCUACGCCACUCUAUCGAUGUCGAUCCAGGAAAGGCAACUGGAUCACUACUGAUUCCGAAUUUGUGGUGUUAGAGUUAUGAAGAGAAGAAGAUGUGGAUGACGACAAUGACAAGUGCAACCAAUUGCUUCUCUCGUUCGCUAGACCAUUCGGAGAUUUCAACUUUCUUUCGUAUUUUUAUGUAAUUCAUGAAAGGAAACUUAUUUGACAAAAAGGUUUCCCUCUAAAGUUUGACUUGGUAUAUCGAAUUAGAUGGCCAUUAGUAAAUUGAUUUAAUGGUACAUACUUAUAUACAGUAAAAUUUCUAUAAAUUAAUAAUGUUAGGGAUUUCAAAA